AUGAACCAUCUGACUGCAAAGCUGCAACGGCCGCCUCCUCGAGACUUGCUCUACGCUGACGAUAUAGCACUCGUCAGCGAAAAUGCGGAAGACCUACAGCAAAUUCUGGAGCAAUGGAGAGUCGCGUUACAGGAAGCCGGUCUGCGAAUCAGCAAACAAAAUACCGAAUACGUACACUGCAAUUUCAGCGGCAAAAAUAACAGCAGCACCAUCAGUCUUGAAGGCACACCCCUGAAUGGAGUAGACAGUUUCAAAUAUCUAGGCUCAGUCGUCACCAACGAUGCAACUGUCGACACUGACAUAAUCCAAAGAAUAAACACAGGAUGGGUGAAAUGGAAAGAGCUGUCAGGAGUGCUGUGCGACAAGAGAAUGACUGUACACAUUAAAGGCAAAAUCUACAAAACCGCCGUCAGCUCUAACGUAUGGCGCCGAGUGCUGGCCUCUCAAAAAACAACAAGAAGAUUGGCUACAUGCCGCUGA